AUGGGAGAUGAUGCUUACACUUUUUUGAAGAAUAAUUACCGAGCAACUGCCGGGGCUCAGGAUCCUGAAGGGGCUCAUGGAGUCCUCGGAUGCAACACGGCGGCCUUGAAGAAGGAGUACAGAGGCCGAGAAAGAGCCGAGGAUUUGGGGGAGCAGGGAAAGGGCGACGAUUGUCCUGAGCUGGGAAGUUCAAUGGCUGAGAGUAGGCUCCGGGCUCCAGACCUUGGAGUUUCCAGUUGUUUGGAAAAACGCCGGAAGAGCUCACUAGAUGCGGGGAGGCGGCGGCCCUUUUCUGGAAAGUCCUUUUACUUGGAUCUGCCUGCUGGGAGGAAUCUGCAGCUUUUGACAGGGGCCAUCCAGCAGCUGGGAGGGGUAAUUGAGGGUUUUCUGAGCAAAGAAGUAAGUUACAUCGUGUCCAGCCGCAGGGAAGCGAAGGCAGGAGGCUGUGGGGCAGGCCACCGAGGCCACUCCAGCCCCAGAGAGGUCAGAGCGGAAGCCCCGCCCACAGCCAGCCCAGGGGCCGUUGACAGCAGGCCUUCACCCAACCCUGCGGACGUGGUGCCUAUGAGCAGGGGGAAGGAGCUGCUGCAGAAAGCCAUCACAAAGCAGGGGAGCAGCAGUGGAGGAGGCAGCAGGAGCAGCAGCAGCCUCCUGACCAACGCCCGCUCCUGGGGAGUGAGGAUUCUGCACGUGGACGAAAUGAUGAUGCACGUGCAGCAGCUCUCUUUAGAUGCUCUGCGUCUGAAGAAACGGGGGCCGAAGAAGCCAGAGGGAACGUGUCCAGCAGAGUCAAGAACACGGAGAGUGGCCAGGCUGAAGGCGCCGUUCCUCAAAAUUGAAGACGAGAGCCGGAAGUUUCGUCCUUUCCACCAUCAGUUUAAAUCCUUUCCAGAAAUUUCUUUUCUGGGACCCAAAGACGCAAGUCCCUUUGAGGCCCCGACGAGCCCGGGCAGCUCGCACCGUACCAGAGAGCCCAGGGACCAGGAGGCAAGCCCACAAUCGGCCACCCGCACCGUGCCCAGGAGGAGGAGAGGGUACUGCGAGUGCUGCCAGGAGGCCUUUGAGGAGCUCCGUGGGCACCUCCAGAGUGCCCAGCACCAGGGCUUUGCCCUCGAAGCCCACCCGUAUGCAGAAGUUGAUCGGAUCAUCACCCAGCUCAGCCACAGCUUUGUGGACACCCCCUCCCAGGCCAGCCUCCCCAGGCAGCCAGACUCCCCAGCUUUGGAUUGCGACCUUCUGUGUCUUGAGACGCUGUCUCCCAGCCAGCCCGCCUGUGACGGGGCAGCAUGUGCCAUGGUGAGGGAGGAAGACAACCCCCAGGCCCCCGGCAGCCCGGAUCAGGAUGGCGUGGUGGGCGGCAUGGAGGCACCAGCUGAAUGUGUCGGGGCUGGUGAGGUGCCCGGGCCAGCAGCAAGCUGCCAAGACCUGCGGGGGUUGGCCGAUGUCACUGUGGACCCCCCAGGGGCACUGGUGUCCGGGAGCCCUACUUGCCAGUGCCUUCCGACCAGCUGUGGCUUUGCGGACCUCUCCUCUGGCCCGGACCCAGCGCUUGUUGGCCACAAGCGGAAGGUGCAGUUCCCCAGUGGCAAUGCUGAGAAGAAACCAGGGGUCUCCUGGCCACAGGCCUCAUCCUUUGUCCUGAGAACCCUCAGCCCCUGUGGCACCUGGACAACCGAUGGCAGACAGCUCUCCUCCCUUCCGCUUCCAGGCCAUGAGUCUGGGCCUCUCACCUCCCUCCUGCCCCGGUGCCCCCAACAGACCAGCCUCUCCCUCCAAGACCCCUUGCCCUGGCAGCUCCCAGACAGGCCGGCAGAGUCCUGGGCCACACUGCCCCCGGGGCCUAGGGGAGGCCACCCACCGGGUUCUGAGGGUCCCGAGUAUGCAGCCCCCAGCCCUGUCUCUCAGCAGACUGGCUGGACUCCCAGCUGCUCUGCGGCCCCGGGCCAGCUGGCAGCCCAGCUGCACUCAGCUGCGGGCACAUACCAGUCGCGCCUCUGCCGAGCACUGUGCACCCAGCCAGGGCAGAACAGGUACACGGAGCAGGAGCGCGCCCCAGGGCCCCUCCAACAGGGCCAGACGGAGCCUGGGGCCUGGCCUUUGAAGGCCAAGUGGACAACUGUGGUCAUGGCCAAGUUCUGGGUGGGCGGAGCCAGUCCUCCUGCCCGCCCAGCCUUCAGGUACCAUCUGCCCAGGACCUCUCAUACAACUGUGGCCUUCCCAUCCCACCUCACCGAUCUUGACCUUGGACAUCACAUCUCAGCCAGACUCAGCAGGCUCUGCCUUGUCCUGCUCUCGUGCCUCUUCGACACCUGCCCCAAAGGAAGCAGCGUCCUUCCCCGCAGCGUCAGGCUGUCCCUGGCUCUCCAGCCCACCCCAGCCAGCCCUGCCAACCUCCUCGGAUUCGCCACCUCUCCUCCUCUCUGCCAGACGGCUCCAGCCCGGAGGACACUUGCAUCGAUCCAGUAG